UAACGACUUGUUUUUGUGAUAUUUAAUGGCAGUGGGAAUCGCAACCAGUAACCAUAUCUUGAAAUGAAGCCCGUCCACGACUCCACCGGUGACGAGCACUCACCACUGCGUUUUACGAAGCGACAGGGCUCCGGCUCUCUGCAAACUAAGGACAUGGCAACAACCAUUCCUCCAGGCACAAUUGUUCCUGAAGUUCUUGGAAAUACAAAUUACGAGAACUGGAGUGCUUGCAUAAAAAACUAUCUGUUGGCUCAAGAUCUUUGGGACAUUAUUGAAACAACAACGGAACCUCCUAAACCAGAAGAUGAUGCAGUGGAAUUCAAGGCUUGGAGGAAGAGGAAUGCUGCAACUUUACAUGCAAUUCAGAUUUCAUGUGGGAUGGACAUACUGUCUAAGAUCAAGGAUAUUAGUUCUGCCAGAAUUUUGUGGGAUACAUUAGCUAAAAUGUAUGAGCAACCCGCAGAAGGAAUCGACCCAGAGGUUGCACUAAUAAACUCAUCAAACACGUCAGAUAGAAAACAGAAUCAUGAGCAACCACCAAAUGAUGCUAAUCAAGAUGUAGGAAACCCAUCAAGCAGCCCAGGGAGCGACGGCAACCAGAACAAUGAAUUCUCUGGGUAUGCGGCCUUGCUUCAGGCUAUUCAAAGUGGUAAUUGGAACGCUACAAAUGAUUUCCUUAAGCUCCACCCCAAUGCAAAGACAGCGACAAUCGAAAAUAUUUCAGGCCAGACGCCUCUUCACACUGCUGUUGCUGCUGAACACGAACAUAUAGUGGAGAAGUUGGUGGAGAUAAUGAAGGAAGAAGACUUGGCAAUACUAGAUUAUGGCGGUAACACAGCACUAGCUUAUGCAGCUAUUAAGGGUAAUAACCGGAUGGUAAAGUGCAUGGUUAGAAAGAACAAGAGCUUAGUCAGCAUUGGAAAUAAUCAGCAAGAUAUUCCUGUUGUUAUUGCCUUUGAGAAUGGCCAUAAAGAAUUGGCUCGCUAUCUCUAUUUUCACACUCCUUUGGAAGAGCUAAAGCCAGAAAAAGGCCACAACGGUGCUACGCUUUUAAACCACACUAUCUAUACUGGACUUUUCGAUAUUGCUGUGCAUUUAAUGGAGGGUUGGCCGCGUUUGGCUUUUGCACCAGACAGAGACAAUUUCACCCCUUUGUAUGUAUUGGCUUCUAUGCCUCAUGCAUUCCCCGGUGCAACCCGGCUCGUGUUUUGGAAAAAAUGGAUCUACUCCUGUAUACGGAUUCCACGGGCUCAUACCACGGAAGAAAUUCGUUUGAACAUUCAAAACAAUCAAGAGAUAACUAUCGGAUCAGUGCGAGCUCUAUUGCGUCAGCUAGUUUCAAGUCUCCUUAACCUCUUGGGAUUCAAGCAAUUAUAUGAGAUGAAGUUGGUCCAUGUCAGAUCCUAUGAACUUGUGUCUUGCAUGUGCAAAGCUGUAUCAACUUUAGAUCAUCAAGACAUGAUAAAUGGUGGUGUUUAUUCAGCAAUAUUCCGGGCUAUGAGGGAAGGGAUCCUUGAGAUUGUUGUUGGAAUAGUGACAGCAAAUCCAAAACUUUUGCAUAUCCGUGAUGCGGAAAACAGAGGCAUCGUUAUGUUGGCUGCCCUACAUCGCCAUGCUGAUAUCUUUUUAGCGACAUUCCGCUCCAGACAGGCGAGCAUGUGGGCAGCUAACAGAGACAUCUUCGGCAAUAACGUAUUACAUAUGGUAGCAUUGUUAACAGAAUUCACUCCGCUUGAUCACAUCCCAGGUGCAGCUUUGCAGAUGCAAAGAGAACUGCAAUGGUUUAAGCAGGUGGAGAGCCUUUGCAAUCCCAUGAUUACAAACUUUAAGAACGCAGAUGGUUUGACUCCUAGACAGUUGUUUACAAAGACCCACAAGGAAUUGAUGAAAGAAGGAGAGCGAUGGAUGAAGGACACAUCAACUUCUUGUACGGUAGUAGGCGCUCUCAUCGUCACUAUUAUGUUUGCAGCAGCAUUUACCGUUCCAGGUGGUAAUAAUCAAGAGACAGGCUUGCCAAUAUUCUUACAUAAUAACAUGUUUAAGAUCUUUAUAUUGAGCGAUUCCUUGUCGCUUUUUUCUUCCUCGGCUUCAGUAUUGAUAUUUUUGGGGCUCCUUACAUCACGUUAUUCAGAAGAAGAUUUUCUCAAAUCCUUGCCUAAAAGAAUGAUAACAGGCCUUUGCACCCUCUUCUUCUCUAUUACAACUAUGAUGAUAGCCUUUUCUACUGCUCUUUUGAUCAUGCUGCGUGGACAUUCAUGGACUGUCAAUCCUGUCAUCUGUUUGGCUAGUAUUCCCGUUACUCUGUUUGUAUUGAUGCAGUUCCACCUUCUGGUUGACAUGUUUGCUUAUACCUACAGAUCAAGCAUCUUUGAUAAGAGAGUGAAGCCUUGGUUUUACUUUCGUUCACUGUACAAUAUACUGUUUAGGUGACGUUCCUUCAAUAUUUAGCGUGCUAGCCAGAGCUCAUGAUUUUUUACUUUUUUUUUUUUUUUUUUAUUCCCUUGGACUUAAGACUGGCGAAUUCACCUAGCCUUCUGUUGCAUAUAUUGUAAUUUUCAUAUUUUAGACCUACUAUCCA